AUGGCAUCCGCUGUUGCAGCCACCACCAGCUGUGUGGCCCGGCCGGUGGCCUGCGUCUCGGCCGCCAAGCGCUCCUCCUUCUUCGCCGGCACCGCCAGGCUCUCCGUCCCCCGCGCCCAGAGCGGCGCCCUGGUGUCCGCCCGCGCCCGCAAGGCCGCCACCGUCGAGGCCCGCUCCACCGGCCGCGGCGGCCAGCAAAUCACUGUCGAUGUAGAGAAGCCGCUGGGCCUGGUGCUGGACCAGAGCAAGAGCCCCAAGGGCGGCCUGGUGGUCAAGUCUGCCGGCAUCUCUGUGGGAGACACAGUCAUCUACACCUCCUCAUUCUUCGGAGACGAGCUGUGGGCUGCGGACAAGCUGGGCUUCACGCGCUCCGCGCUGCAGGCCGCGCCCUCGCCGGUGUUUCUGGUGCUGGUGAAGGGGGCCAACGACAGCGUGGACGUGAAGAAGCUGCCCAAGAAGCCGGCGCCCGCCCGCUUUGGCCGCCGCCUGACCGCGGCGCAGAAGGCGCGGGCCACCCACCUCUGCGUCGACUGCGGCUACAUCUAUUGUGACGAGACGCCCUUUGAGGCCACCCCAACCGACUACCGCUGCCCGCAGUGCAACGCGCCCAAGCGCCGCUUCGCCCGCUUCAACGUGGAGACGGGCAAGAUCCAGAGCGGCGACACGACAGACAUCGGCACCAUUGCCACCGUGGUGGGCGGCCUGGUGGGCGUGGCCAUCCUGGGCUACCUGGGCCUCAGCCUAUCUGCCUGA